CGGAAAUCAAUUUUAAGUUUUUUCCUUUAGUAAUAAGUAGCCUAGCUGGCUUUGAUUUUCUCUGAGAAAAAUACUCUUUUCAACAUUCUUGUAGGUUUAUAUAAUGAGAAAUAAAAGUGGAGUAGAAUAUUAUGAAGAAACAACAAAAUGGAAGCCAAUCAGUAAUCAAUUAACAAUCAAUUAUAGAUCCCAUCUCUCACUCCACUACCCCACACCAACCCACUCAGUGGUUAACUUCAUAAAUAAAUGAUUAUAUAAUUAGUCUAUUUUAUUCAAAUAAGAAAGUUAAUUAUUACAAUAGAAUGUAUACAUCGACUCCAUAUACUAAUCAUCCAAUAAAACAUUCAAUGAUACCUGAUGAAAUGGAUAUCUCCAAUACUAUUCAAUUUAAUUCUAACUUUAAUGGAACUCAAACAAGUUGGAAAAAGCGUAAUAAACCUUUAGUAGAGAAACGUAGACGUCAACGAAUUAAUCAUGCUUUAGAAGAAUUAAGAAGAUUGAUUAUAGAACCAAGAAUUAAACAUUCUAAUAAAUUAGAGAAAGCUGAUAUUUUGGAUAUGACAGUGAAAUUCAUAAAAGAUUUAACAAAUAAUUUUCAAUCAGACAAAUGUCAAACUAUAUUUCAAGAGUCACAACAAGUUGACAAUGUCCGAAUGUUCUAUUAUGGUUAUCUUUCUUGUGAAACUGCUUUUAAAAGUAUCAUUCAAAAACAUUUAGAAGAUCAACAAAGAACCAAUGAAUCUAUAACAUCUUCAACUAUCAAUGGAGUCAAUCAAAAUUAUCUUUCUAAUAUUACCAAUGAAUGGAUUGAUUCCAAACAGCUUACAAUGUCACAUAUAUUAAGUAAUAAGUUGAACACCAUCCAUUCAUCAACAACAUCAUCAUCAUCAUGCUCGUCAUUCCCAUUGGGACAAACUUCAGUCAAUGAUUUCUCUGAAUCUGUAAACUUUAUACCUGACUAUAGUCAUUCACACUAUACAUCUAUUCAAUAUGAACAAUCACAAGAUUCAUUGAUUCAAUUAAAGAAAACUGAAAACUUCAUGUCAAAUCUGAUUUCUCCGAAUAAUUGUAAUGAUGAAACAUCAUUAUCUACAUCAUCAUAUAAUUCAUUAUCAUUAUCAGAAGAGAAUGAUGGAUUAUGGAGACCAUGGUAAUCAAUUUAUGGAACAAUGAUCAACUCUAUUUCUG